UGUGCAACGAUAAAGUAUGAUUUCAACCUAAAUUCCAAAUGUUGAUACUUGUGUUGGAUAGCUGGUAAAACUUCUUCACCACGGAUGCAGAAUUUUGCUUUUCGAAGUUCGUCGUCCUUCCCGAGUAUUCCGCUUGCAAAGAAAGAUUUUUCCAAAUUUUUUAUUGGGCCGAAUACAGCGUCCAAUAGCUUUUUGUCAAUCGAGACGGCAUACCAAAUGUUGUUGGCCCUCCAAUUCGAUCCUAUAGUACUUUCUAAUUUUUCCACUAUUUGCUUGUCGAGACAAUGCAGAUAUGUGAUCAUAAAAAAAUACAAGUAUCCUGGAUGGCAUGUAGUAAAUGACUCGCUAUCCGAAGCACACAACUUGUCCUUCGACACAAAAAGAUCAUCCAUUUCAAGGUUUGUCAUAAGCUCUUUAAAUAUGUUUGGGUCUAAGGAUACAAAUAAUUUUCUAAUUCUCUUUAGUCGAUUUUUACUUGAUUUUAUCCCUCCAUUACUGCUUAAAGUAUUCCUCUUCCGCAUUUUUUGGAAAGCCCUGCCAAGUAAUUUGGGUGCUGGGCUCACUGGUAUUCUUUUUUUCGCAUUUCUUUUGUAACUUGAGUACAAUUGAAGAUAGUUACCAAAAAUCUUCUCUAAACCUAACUUCAGUCUAAACGCACAAUCAGAAUUGACAUUCAUAAGCGUUUCUUUGAGUAGUUUUACCUAUUUGAUAUGUGUAGUACUGG